AUGUCAGGAGGUGAUGGUAGAAGUCAAGGGGGGGGGUCUAGGAAGACUAAGAAGAAGGGGGGGAAUGUGAGUAGGAGUAGGAGCAGGAGCAGAAGCGAGGGAGGUACGGAUUCCGACAGGAAUAGAGGUAAGAAGGGAGUAAUGCCUUCUGACAAGGCUGUUGCUGGGCCUUCAACGAGCCGUUUGACGGUCUCUGGUGGCAUCACACUAGGCGAGAUCCUAGGUGAUGACUGGACGAUGACGUCUGUGCCGGUUUCGAUGUCAGAGUCGGAGCCUGUGACUCGCAAACGUCUGUAUUCGGAGCGUUCCGGCUCUGAUACUGAAGGUACAGACGUUGCGUCAGGCAGGGCCAAGAAGCUGCCCACUGCUAGGCGUGGUAGAGGCCGUGGGACGGCCAGCUUGUUGACGGCGGCUCGACAGGCCCUAACGGAGAAGGAGGCACAAAAAGCAGAGGAUUUUGUGUCCUCCCUUGAGAGACAAUCCUUCCGGAAGUCUCCGGUAAAGGAGGUAACGUGCGAGAGGCCGGGUCCUUUGGAUCUAGACGUGGACCAGAUGGCAGCUGACGACCUGAUGACCACAGCUGUAGGAAGGCUCGACGAUAUACUCUACAUUGCUAGCAGAUCUACUAACCUUAAAGGGGGAUAUGCUAGCCAGAUUCGUCGAGCCACCGGGGUAAUCAGGUCUGUCUUGGAGACUCUGGCAAUGAGAACGGAAGUGGAGGAAACGCGCCGCCUCCGGGCCGAUAAUAAUCGGCUCCAAAGAGAGGUGGCCAAUUUAAAGGAGGAGGUGCGCGCUUACCGGCGUGACUUCGAGGAAGCCAAGAAGGCGGUAGCAGCACAGCGUCACUCUAUGUUGAGUGAAGAGCAGCUGAGUACUCUGGAGGGCAGCAUAGCCCGGAUGGUCGGUAAUAUGAUCGACGGCCGGCUUGCUGCCAUUAAGGACAGGCUGCCGCCUCCUCCGAUUGUUCGCCCGCCACUGGCGGCGGACCGAAAGAAUGCGGCACGUGAAGCAAGUGGUGCCUCUUUGGCACCGGCGCCAGUGGUGAGGGAGAAGUCGCCGAUUAUCGGGACACCCAGACAGUCGGCUCCAAUGGAGAUGUCCUCACGUCAUCGGGAAGAGUUUCCUCCACUUCCAGUUCGUCCUGUGACGCGCCCUGCCCCCGCCAAGGCACCCGUAGAGAAGGGCAAAGGCAAAGGCAAGGGCAAGAAGACUAAGGAGACAGAAUGGACCAGCUUUGGACAUUCUGUCUCUAAAGAGAAGUCGCAGGGUCGAGAGCGUCGCACGGAAGAGGUGCAGCAAUUUUCGCCGCAACCGGUGCCUGUGAUGGCUGAACCACAGCCGCAGUCGGGGCCGGCAGAGGGUUGGUCGGAGGUCGUCCGCCGCAAAGGGGCGAAGAAGCCCAAGGCGAAACCCAAAGAGGCUCCGAAAAGUGCCCCCAAGGGUAAAAAGUUGACACUCCCGAACUCUGAGGCCAUCAUUGUAAAGUUGCGCCCAGAGGCCCAACAAUCGGGGGUGUCUUACGGAGAGGCGCUGACAAAAGCCAGGCUGGCGAUAGACCCGCAAGAGUUCGGGUUGGGGCCUUUAAGAAUCCGCAACUCGGCGACGGGGGCCCGCUUGAUCCAGGUUCCCGGUAGGACGAGUGGGGACAAGGCGGACAAAUUGGCCAACAAGUUGGCCUCGGUCUUGUCAGAUGUGGCGGACAUCUCCAGACCCGUUUUGACUGCGUGUUUUAAAUUGACGGGUUUGGACGAUACUGCCAACGCUGCCAGCAUUAAGGCAGCGGUGGCAAAGGAGGGAGGCUGUGCCCUCGAACAAGUCUGGGUGGGGGACAUCUUCCGCAGUUUCCGUGGAAAUGGUUUUGCGAGGAUGUCCUGCCCAAUCACUGCAGGCAAGGAGCUGCUGAAGCGGGGCAGUCUCUGCGUUGGCUGGAGUCGAGUCAGGGUCGUACAUGAGGGGAUGCGGUCCAGGCACUGUUUUAGGUGCUACGAACUGGGGCACUCCGCCAUUAUGUGCCCCUCGAAGAAGGACCGCAGCGAACUUUGCCUGCGGUGCAGCCAGCCUGGGCAUAAGGCCAACACCUGCACAUCGGAGCCUCACUGCGCUGCAUGUGCAGAUGCCGGUCGUAAGGCAAACCACAUCAUGGGGGGGAAAACCUGUAAUCCCCCAUCCACACGUGGUAAAGCUCUCCCCCUAAGACCAACCGGGAGAGAGCAGGAGGCGCCUGAGGCCGAGAUGUCAGAGUAA